AUGUUCGUGUCACACCAGUGGGCCGGCUCCCAGCAUCCCGAUCCGAGUUUCAAGCAGUUCAAGGUUCUCCAGAAAGCAUUGAGGAACAUGGCAAAGGCACCGGUGGUUUCCGCCAAUAUCGGCCUCGAGUUAUACGCGAACACGCAGCCCCACGACGCAGGAGAUCUGUCCAAGGCGAUCUUUAUUUGGUAUGACUACUUCUCGAUCCCCCAGGCAGACCCCACGUCGCGAGGGCUAGCGAUCAGUAGCAUUCCCAGCUACGUGAGGCGAUGCCGAUUCUUCGUCAUCUUGUGCCCACACAUCUAUCACCACGAGCAGCGGACGUUGCUGAACAAGGCCACGUGGAAAAGCCGCGGAUGGUGCAGACUCGAACAGGCCGCUUGGGCGUUGAGCGCAUCGGCCGAGGAGGAAGAGGUCUGCCCGAUUGAGAUACAAAGCUCCACGCAGCAGGCCUUGGUGGAUUCGUGGGAUUGGACCCGUGCGCCAGUGGGUGAUGGGCAGUUCUCUUUGGCCUCCGAUCGCGGGAAGCUGGCCCCGGUCUUCGAGGGGAUGCUUCGAAGGAAGUUGAACUUCCACCUCGCCCGUGGUGAGCUCCACGAUUAUCGCAUACUCCUCAACUCACAGCGGAUUCACCUCCGAGGCCUCCCCAUCGAUCGAAUUGUGGAUGUAGUGCCCGGCUUCCAAUGCGAUUUUCAAGAUCCGGCCGCCUAUGACCUGGCGCUCUUCAUGCACUUGAAUGGCUUCCAAGAGGUGACGGAGCGCACGGCGGAAGGGUGGACGCCGAUUUGCUUCGCUGCGCUGGACGGGAGCCCUAUGCUCAUCGCCAGUCUCCUUGAACACGGUGCGGACAUGAACGAUGUGAUUUUAAAGGAGGACCCCCUCUACCACUUCAUGCCCCGGACGGGUGUGCCGCAUAUGUGCGCGUUCCUGGGACACAACGAAGCCCUUCGCUUGCUCAUUGAGUGCAAGGCCGACUUAGCGCGGAAGGAUUCUAUCAAUGCCACUCCAAUGCACUGGGCGGCGAUCGGCAGCAAUCUGGACGGUAUUGACAUUCUCCUGAAUGCCGGCUGCAGCUGCUUGGAGCCCAAUCUGCUGGGACACUCCCCCUUCGAGUUGACCUGUAUGUCGGGAUCAACAGGGUGCAUGAGAGAGCUGUUGCCGUAUGUCACGAAGCGCACGAUCUCACUGGGGCUUCAUGCGACCUUCAUUCACGGCGGAAGCUCCGCCCCGAUGGUGAAAGCACUGAUCGAAGCGAACGCAGAUGUGAACCAUCAGCAAGACGUUCCCUUCUUCAGCGUCCUUGGCGUGAUCUUCGCGGCUUUGAGCAUGAAGCAUCGCCUGAACUUGUCUCAGAACUCCAUGCUCAGCAACUAUGCCUACCAUCAGUAUGAUGCCACGCCCCUGAUGUGCAGCAUCCUAAGCGGCUGCUUCGAGGCAACCUUGGUGUUGCUGGCAGCAGGUGCAAGAACCGACCUUCAGAACGCGCGCGGGCAGACCGCCGAGGACUUUGCAAAGGACGUGGUGGCUCCAGACCACAUCGUCUCGGCUCUGGUGGAAGCUACCGGGAGCCCCCCACUGGGCGAGAAUUGCAUUCGAGAGGACUGGUGGAAUGAGACCAUGAUACGGCCCACCCUUUCCUGCCGCAGCCAGUGA